AUGAAGAAUAUUGACGAGGCCCAGUUGCUCAAGACUAAAGAAGAGAAGUAUGUGCGGCUCAUGGGCAAUGUCGCCGUUGCCAUACUGCAAUACAACCCGCUGCGAUUUUGUCCAAAGAAUAGCGCAAUGGCCAUCACACCGCCCUUUCAUACCUCACAAGAGGAUAUCACAAUGACGGGUCCUGAUAUCAUGGAUCGGGUUCCGCUAAUGCGCCACGUGCCUCAUAUAUUUUACUUACCACAGGUACACAUGUGCUUGGAAAGUCUGUGCCACUUAACGAGUCACUCAGGCUGCCUGUUAAACUUUUUGAUUCUUUACAAGCGUUUUCAAUGUGCAGCUCACCGCCAAUUUCCUCAUCGAGUAUCACCGGCAGUUCUUUCGAUGCUGGCCGGCUGCAGAACCUCGUUGUGUUCGGAACAAAUGGCUUAA